UCAAUUCUGCAAGUGGUUCUGAUUUACUAUCGCUGUUCUCUAGCUGGUCUAAAACCGCUUUUGACCUAAAGGGACACUUUUUGGAUGCCGUGUACGUUUCUCAGUUUCCAGGCAGAAAGAACAGUAAAAAUGCAGGCAGGGCACAGGACAAAGCACUAGGGACAAAAUGUAUGUGAAAUGGUUUGAUACAUGAAUGUCACUUUUUUGUCAUUUUCAAACUUCCCGCUGUUCCGUCCCCCGUACGUCCCGACGUCACAGCAAACAGAACCCAGAUGCCGGCAUCCGCUGGCGGAGAAUGCUGGGGACACUGCAGGAGGGACAUCGCAGGAGCGCAGGACAAGGUAAGAGAAGAACAGAUGCCAGAGCAGCGCCGCAAUGGUAAGCCCGAGUGUAGCUCGGGGUUACCGCUUGUGGUGCUGAAACUUUACCCCAAGCUACACUCGGAAAUACCGUCAGGGAGGUUAAAAGGAGUUCAAAUAUUAUGCUGUGUUACUAAAUGAGACGUGUU